GACAUGAUGUUCCGAGCCUUUUCCCUUGUCCCUUCCACCUCCUACUUCAUUGUUUUCCUCCUCCUUUAUCUACUUCCUCGUCCCCUUCUAUUCUCCUCGCUGUCCCCACGUCCGCUGAGUUGGACUUCGCCCCACGAUCCCUGCUACCACCCGGACGGCCGCCCUCGCCACUGUCUGUCCGAGUUCAUCAACGCCGCCUACGGCGUCUCUGUCAACGCCAGCCGUUCUCUCCCGGGCUUUGAUUUUGAUAGCAAUGUCAGCACUUUGACGGAUCUUCACAAUCCACACAAUCUCAGCUGCUGGCAGGCUCAAGGCAGUCGGGACGGUGGGGACUGGGUACUCACUGUGCCACUGGGUCGUCGCUUUGAAAUCACGUACAUAAGUCUGCAAUUCUGCCGUCAUGGAGAGCCCUCGGACCCCAUUUCAAUCUCCAUCUUCAAGUCCAUGGACUACAGGAACACUUGGAGGCCGAUGCAACAUUAUUCCAGCGAUUGUUUGGGGGAUUUCGGCCUCCCAGCCCAGACUGUGGCCCAGACCAGACACCAGGAAACAGAACCGCUGUGCUCCGAUCCCCGGCCCUUGCAGAGGCAGCGGGGCGGUACGGUGCUGGCGUUCUCGGCCCUCGACGGACGCCCGUCAUCUCCGGAUUUCGACUAUAGUCCCACCUUACAAGACUGGGUAACGGCUACGGAUAUUCGCGUCGUCUUCCACCAAUCGGGAAAGAAGAAGGAUAGCUCGACAGAAGGACGAGGGCAAGACCGGUCUCUCAACUCUGAAAUGACCACGACGAAGAAAACCGACAAGGUUCGAGGGAGAGGUCAUCAUAAGAAUGGAAAUAAUGUAACCAGCAAGGAAAGCGGGGACGCGUUCAGCUCAGACGUUUCCCCAAAAAAGGGUACGACGACUCGAAAGCUUCAUCGCAAAAAGGAGGGCAACCAGUUGCUCCUUUGUCUGGACAGCGACUGUAACUGGACCGUGGAGGGACGCCACAGAGAGACCAAAGGACGAGAAUUGAGGAAACGGAGAAACAACCAUCCCAAUGCUCGCCAAAGCUCCAGAAACCUAUUGGAGGCACCGCGAGUGCCCCCUACCGCGGUCGCCCUCCCUCCUCUGGUUCUCUCGGACCUGCAGGUAGGAGGCCGCUGCAAAUGUAACGGACACGCUUCCAAGUGUCGCCGCGAUGAUGCGGGCCGAGCCUCGUGCGUGUGCGAGCAUCACACGGCCGGCCAGGACUGUGAUGUGUGCGAGGAUUUCUACUUUGACAGACCCUGGCAUCGGGCCACGCCUACGCACCCGAACCCUUGUGUGGCGUGCGAAUGUAAUGGUCAUUCCGACAAGUGCCGCUUCAGUAUGGAGGUGUUUCAGCAAUCUGGGCGGCGCAGCGGGGGCGUUUGCCUCAAGUGUCGCCACCACACGGCCGGACGCCACUGUCAGUACUGCCACAACGGCUACACCCGGGACCAAAGCAAGCCGCUGCACCACCGCAAGGCCUGCCAACCUUGUCAGUGCCAUCCCCUAGGAGCGGUGGGUCGCUGGUGUAACAACACGUCGGGUCAGUGUCUGUGCCGACAAGGGGUGACCGGCCUCCGGUGCAACCGCUGCGCCCCCGGAUAUAAACGGGGCACGUCGCCUCUGCGGCCCUGCGUCUUGAUUCAAGAGGUCGCUCCGACGCCGGUCUUUCAGCCUCAAUACAGCAUCGAUGAGGAGUGUGUGUCCCACUGCCAGCCAUCUCAGGGGAAAGUCAGGAUGAACUUGGACACCUAUUGCCUGAAAGACUAUGUGUUAAAAGUGCAGGUGAAAGGAAGGGAGCGUUCCGGUCCCUGGUGGCAGUUUUCCAUCUCCGUUCAAGUGGUUUUCCGCACGGGUUCCCCCUCCCGUAUACGUAGGGGCCCCCAGUCCUUGUGGGUCCCCGACCGGGACCUCGCCUGCGGCUGCCCCGCCCUCUACGUGGGCCGGACAUUUCUGCUAAUUGGUGCCGACGAGGACGAGAGGGGACGGGCGCCGGACGAGAGCCGGCUGGUAGCCGACCGCUCCACUCUGGCCCUCCAGUGGCGGGAACACUGGAGCCCUAAAUUGAGGGGCUUUCGAGGGCAGGACAAGAGGGGACGCUGUCUCGACAGACCGCCCCAGCAACGAGGGAAACCUUCGGAGCCGCCGACGGGAUACGUGCCCCCUCACCUGCGAGCUAACGCGGACGCCAGUAGCUAG